UUUGUUUCUUCUUUUUGUCACUGCUUUUUUCCCAUCUCAUUUCCGUUCCUAUAUAGUUACACUACUAUACCCUACGCUUCGUUCCUGGAGAUCUUCUUCUCUCAUGCCCCGCCGGUCCCAAGCGCCAGCGCUACACCCAGGGAAUUGCCCAGAUCUGGACGAUCGGUCUUCUUCAGCUCAGACCUCGCAGUGACACCUGCCAGUGAAUUACUUUACAGUUUGAAUUGGCAAAGAGUUGAGAUCUAUACAAUUGCAAUUGCCCGUGUUCUAGAAGGGGGAAAGCCGAGAUGUCGCUGUCUCCAGAUGUGCGUGAGAAUUAUAUUCAGGUCAUUGACUCAAUCCUGGGCAAAAGUGACCUGAAUACCAUCUCCGAAAAGCGCAUCCGCAAAGGCCUCCAGGAAGAAGUCGGCUAUGAUCUCACUCCGCAGAAGGCUGCGAUCAAGCAGCUUAUCAUGGAACGUUUCGACAUUUUCGCCGAACAGGGUGGUUUAGCUUCUCCCGAGGCCGCUUCGUCUACAGCUCCCACCACCAAUGGCCACGAACAAAGCAAGAACUCGACCACUCCCGUGGAUGCUUCGUCUCCUGCACAAGACUCGUCACCACAGAAACGCCAGGCCGACAGCGAAGAACUCUCCGAACCCUCCAACAAGACCCCUCCGGUCAAGAAGAGAAAGCAGGCAAAUGUCGAUGUUGAUGCAGAUGCUGUCUUUGCUGCCAAGCUACAAGCUGAGGAGAAUAUGCGUGCCCGACCUACGCGAGGUACCAACACACGGAGGGCAGCGCCGGCAAAGAAAAAGACCACCAAAACCAAGACCUCUAAGAAGGUAAAGACAGAGGAUGAUUCGGACCUGGAGUCAGGUUCCGAAGGGACAAAGAAGGAAGUGAAUCGCACUGGCGCAUUUCAUAAACCUCUCAAUCUUUCGCCGGCCCUUUCGGCCCUGUUAGACGGUGAAGCUACGAUGUCGCGUCCUCAGACCGUUAAGAGGGUUUGGCAGUAUAUUCGAGAACAUGACCUCCAAGACCCCAGCGAUAGACGGCAAAUCCGGUGCGACGAUGCGAUGCGCGCCGUCUUCAAACAAGAUCGGGUGCACAUGUUUACCAUGACCAAGAUUCUCAACCAGAACCUGUAUAGUCCAGAUGAAUAGCCCCAUGUCCAGAGGGGGUCCAUUACGAUACCCUACCGUCCAGGUAGGGUCUGCAGCAUACAUGCUGCAUCCAUUUACGACUCUGUUUAUUUUCUUUACCCCACCGCAUAGGAACCC